UGUAUAUAUAUUUAUGUAUAUAUAAGGUAAUUAAUAGCGGUGCUCAUUAAUCUUGAAGCAAAAUGGAAAUGUUUCUGUUACUUCUAGCUGUGUGCUCUGGUUUGGGAACAUCAUUGCUUGACGCACAUUUCGUUGAAGGAAAGAAAAGAAGUGUUAUCAUCGAACGAAUAGAAGAUAAAAUGUUCCAUCACGAUCUUCAUAAACGGUCACCGGAUGAACAGAUGCCGCUUGCUUUAUACAUGCGCAUGAAAGAUCGGGGACAGGAAGUGCACCUGCAGUUGCGCAAAGUUCCCAUCACUGAAACUUCGUCACUGACGGCACACGGAACCGUGAAACAUGACGUUUCUUCCAUACAGGACGCUGCGGUGUAUAUUGAUAGAAGGCUGGGUGCUUCCGUUGUAGUCAGAAAACGAGAAUCAGACCCCAACAACUUCGACUUGGAGGGGAGUCUUCUCCUUGGAGGAACUGAAGUCUCGUUGCAGCCUUCCAGUCAGGAAACACGUGAUUCCGAAAAUGAUGCUAACAUCCAUGACGUCACUCCGGUUAAGCCCAAUAUCGAUUAUGGAGAUGAUUACAUUGUGAUUCCAAAAAAUGAGACUUCGAGUGCCACUGCCAGCAUGAAAGACACAAAACGGCAUAGCACAGAGAAACAUACGGUGGAAGUGUAUUUUGUCGCAGACCAUACCGUGUUAAAAGGUUGGAGAGAGAAAUUCCCAAGUGAAAACAAACAGCAGGUUAAAAAUCGGAUGGCUCUAUAUUACACAGGGAUAGCUGAAUCGAUAAACUUUCAUUUCGAGUCUGUUGCUCAUAUACCACUAACACCGAGACUGGAAAUAAAUAUUUACCUACUGGGGCUGCUUAUUGUAGAGACCGCGGCUAAUGCGCCGUGGGUCACAGUUAACCUGAAGAGUAACGGCAAUCUGGACGCUUCGCCUUCUCUGUCUCACUUCAGUUCCUGGAUUCAGAGUCAGACUACAUUCACCAUCCCACGGGCUGAUCACUACAUGGCAUUCACUGCAAAGAAGCUUAUUAGGAAAAGAAACCAACACAUACUCGGUUUCGCCUACGUGGGUUCUAUCUGUUCUACGUUAGCCGUGUCCAUUGUGGAAGAUCAGCGCAAUCCCAUAGUCGCCACUGUAGCAGCUCACGAACUGGGGCAUAGCUUAAACAGCAACCACGAUGGUACCUGGGGAUCAUCGACCUGUAAAUGGCCGAUUGGUAUGGUGAUGUUUAAUAGAGUCUAUUACCCAUCGAAAGGCUCUGCGAACAUGAGACAGAACCCAUGGCUUUUCUCCACCUGUUCAGCCAGGGCUUUUCAGCUCAAGUUAAGAAGGGUGAGCUGCACACAGAAUCACCGCCCCUCUCCCCCAGCCUCAGCCCGACUUGGUCAGGUGUACAACGCAGAUCAACAGUGUCAGCUUGCCCAUGGAACCAACCUCUGUAGACGGAUGUAUUAUGUAUCUGAUCCAUCUCGUAAGCCAGAUUACCACAGUCUAUGUUACCACAUGGCGUGCUGCAAUUACACAAAUACAAACGGCUGGAUGUACUCAAUAAUGGCCCAUGAAUACACGACGUGUGGAAACCAAAAGUGGUGUAUCAAAGGGCUGUGUGUUCAUAGUCCGGAUGCCCCGGCUGCUUACGACGACUGUGCACAAGGUGACGAGACAGGUUAUGGGUGUACCCUGGCGAUGUGCCAAUCUAUGACCGAACAUGAACGGAUCGACCAUUGCUGCGCUACAUGUCACCGAAACCCUACACCUGCAACGUCAGCUACAACGUCACCUACUACGUCACCUAUAACGUCACCUACAACAUCGCCUACAACGUCACCUACAACGUCGCCUACUACGUUACCUACAACGUCGCCUACUACGUCACCUACAACGUCGCCUACAACGUCACGUACAACGUCGCCUACUACAUCGCCUACGUCACCUACAACAUCGCCUACCACAACUACGACGACAACAACUAAUGCUCCAUACUGUGGGAGGUGGUGCCAAUGCCGAAAAUACAAACGCUACGGACUGUGUUCGCUAUGCAGAUACAGCAGGUGGUUACGACGUCUGUGUCGAUAUUGCCGAUGUUGGAGGAGGCACUACUGGUGGCGCGUCACUGGGGUUGCCGUUAAGUUUGGGGCCGGGAACGUCUUGUGAAGAGUACCAGUCCCACAACACGCUGGUGCCAUCUUCUAUUGGUUUCCAGUAAAUUAUGACCCAUGGACUAUAUUCCGCAAAUCUAUUAUUCUUAACUGCUACUAGGUCUCUUGACGUUUUUCUUUGUGUUUUUGUGGGGUGUUGUUUUGUUGUUUUUUGUCAGUUUGUGUUCAUGUUGUUGUAUUGUUUUGGAUUUGUUCUCCUUUUUUCUUGGCUUUUUAUGUGGAUUUGCUGUUAGUGGCUUUUUUCUUCUUUUUAUCCUUCGUGCGGUUAUUUCAGAGUUUGUGGGGUUUUGUAUUGCCUAGACGGUUGUAAUAUAAGAGGGCGCCAUGUUCUAUUUGAUUUAUCUUCCCAAUAACGUUUUGUUUUUAUUAUUGUUUUGCUUUUUGUUUUGUUUUUUGUUUGUUGUUUUCCGGGGGUUUUUUAAUGUCUUUAUUCCAGACGUCGUGGGUUUUUUAUAUUUCCUAGGUGAUCGUAAAAUACUAAAUAAUUUAUUUAUAAUUAUAAUAUAUCAUGCGGGCGUCUUUCAUACAUUUAUAUGCGGUACCAACACACACACACACACACACACACACACACACACACACACGUACAUACACAAACACACAUAUACAUACACACACACACAUACACAUAUGCACAAACAUACACAAACAUACGCGAGCGCACACACACAAACAAACACAACACACACACACAAAGAAACAAACGCAUACAAAACAAACACACGCACUUCUUUUUUCUAGUCUAAUGUAGUGAAAAGUGCUUAUUCCUUGCUACCUGUCAAUAAAAAAAAAUCGAAAAUAA